CAGGGUGCGAGCAAGGGUCAGGACCAGAAACCACAGAGGAGAGUAGCAUAGCGACCAAGGCAGAAAUUGAUCAAGUUCACAAGAGAAAGAGAAGAGGAAAAGACAGAGACAUACAGACACACACAGAGAAAGAGAGAGAAAGAGAAGAAAAGAAAAGAGAAGUAAGUGUAAGUGCAACAAAGAAUGAACGAAUCCACCACGGUGGAAAGCACUGAAUGAUGAACAUUGCAGAUUUGUACUGGAAGAAAGGCCAUCUUUCGAUCUCUGAAUAUUCAAGGAGUGCGAAGCAUCGCCGGUGAGGCUCGUUGGUGACGGGAUCAGUUCCGUUGAUCGGUCCGUAAAAACUAUCAACUCGUUGCCUCUAACGUUACUGUUUUGUGUUUUGCACGGUGCGAAUUCUUGCUCUGCCCUUUUUCCAUCGGUGACAUCGUCGACGGAACGCGAUGCGACGCGACACGCCGCAGACAACAAACUUGUAUCAUGGACAAUCCCGAUAGCAGCACCUCGAUGGGCAACCCACAGCAAUCUGCAAACGAGAAGCAAGAAGAGGCGAUUCCACCAAAAACUAGCAAAGAAACGGCUGACGAGUCCGGGGAACAAACGAGCCCAGAAGAAGGCAGCGCCGCCGGUGCCCCAAACGCAGCAAAAUCAACAGACGAUGCCGACGAUGUCAAAACAAACGUCGAUGAAAACGCGGGAUCGAAAUCGGAAGGUCCCGGAGAAGGGACCGAAAAUUCGCCAGAGGAGACCAUCAGUGGACCUGUCCCAGAAGAAAAAGAUGGCGCCCCCGAGUCGUCCGAAGAUCCCGAUGUUCCCGCGUCGAAGGAUGGGGAAGCGGCUGCGUCGUCGACCGAAUCUGGCACGCCGAACAAGCAAACUGUGACGCACGCCAAAUCGGGUUCAGACCCACCGGCUGCCGAGACGGCGCCCGAAACGGAGGCAAAAAAUGAGAAAACAGAGACGGAACUAUCCCAACCUACCGUAAAGGAAGAAGGUAAAGAAGGCGGAGAAGAAUCCGCAGCUAUGGAGGUAGAAGAAUCGACCGAGGCCAAAGAACCAGAAGCACAGCCGGCACCAGAGUCUCCCAAACUAAAAGCCGAAAACUCUGCAAAAUCGAACGACAACAAUAGCAGCAACACCAACUACAACAGCAAUACGACCACUUACAGCACACGCGGACGCAGUACGGAAGCGGCAGAAGAAAAACAAGAUCGGAUUCACGAACGAGACUCAUUUGAGGAAUCGCCUCGCCCAAAGGAUCCGUCGGCGGCGUUUUCCUUCUUGGUCGAGGGGACCGAGGAAGAACGCAGGACCAGGACUCGUUUCAUUCCGGAAGUCGAUGGGAUGCACAUGCUACGGAAGCACGAAGUGAAGAGCGAUUUAGCACUGGCACGAUCCCUACCUUCGAUUGUUUCGCCCUCGGGAGUCUUUCAGUCUAGGACCGGGCGGCUUGCUGCAAGCGCUGGACGCAGCAACGAUUCCAUGGACGUAGACGGCGAGGAAAUGAAUCUUGCGGUCAACGAUGAGAACACAACAACCAUUGAGCUUCCUUCUAGCAACCUGACCAUUCCGUCGGAUGUUUUUGUUGCUCCAAAGGGGGUAGUUGUAGGAGAAUCAGGCUCUUCGAUUGCGGUGAAGGAGUUCGAACCAAGGGUUCCUUCACCCUCGGUGGUAGAAUCUGUCACAAAGUUCAAUCCACCGCGCCCUCCCGAGUCUGUUGGGGGGAAGAAAAAACAUCGCAUGAUUCGAUGGGAGCGCAGGCCCGAGGACAUCGAGGUCGACAUGAAAAAUUAUCGAAAAACAGUGCAACGAACACGCCAGGAACUACAGAAAUCAGAAGGCGAAUACGAGCGUCUCGAAAUGGUCGACGCUCAUCUUCGUCGUCACUUCUUGAACCAGUCGGAUUUGCUCGACGAAGAGUACGAAAAGCUGAACGAUGAGAUGGAUCGUGAAGUAGAAAAGUUGAUAAAGGAAUCAGAGCUCAUUGGAUCUAGGACGAGAAGCCGAAACCUCACCAAAGUCGAUGUUGUUAUGAGAGACGUUCUGACUAUGCUCACUAGAAACGAACAGAAAGAUGUUCCCAUGGGUGAAGCUGCUAGCGUAGAUUCGUUUUCAAGCGGCCGAUUCGCUGGUUUCGGGGGUCUAAAUGCCGCAGCAUUUAACGAUUGGGAUCGUUCUACCAAACUAAAAUCCAUGAAACUGUCGAGUUCUUGGCUCGAACCAGGCCAAAAAGUUAAAACUCUUUAUGGUGAAGGUACAGUGAUUGAAGUGAUUCCCCCAGUAUGCCCUCCCUCAAAUGACAAGGCGGUGAUUCCCAUUCAUGGUUCGAAGAAGAGUGUGUUGAGCGAAGAAAAGCUGAAUCGCAUCAAAGCAAAGAAGAAGUAUGACUCUGUGUUGCCACUGAGAGUGAAAAUUCAACUCGAUUAUGGUAUUGGAGUCUUCUCUGCUAGUUCAAUACUGGACAUCGAAAGUCCUGGCCAUUUCACGGAUGCUAAGCUCGCAAAGCGCUGGAAAGGAAUGAUUGACUCUGCCCUCAAGGUAGGACAUUGUAUCGAUGUAGAAGGAAUGUUGCUAAACGAAGACACCAAAAGCGAUGCUCCUGAUGGGGUUUCGAGCGAUGAGUUUUUGCCGGUCGGCGCAACGUUGAUUCCAACCAAAGGUGGAAGAGGCAACUUUUUACAAAACAUGGAUAUUCUAGAUAUAGAAGAGCCUUUGAAGACAGCCCUUUAUGACGGGCAUGGUGUCAUGGGAAGGGUAAGUUGCAGAGAAAAAUGUGUCUGUUGAACAACGAAAUAAAUUUCAGCUUUAUCUCCUAAUAAAAAUGCUUUUCAAUUCGUCUGCAGAAAUCAAAUCCUGGCGUCACCAAAGACAUAAGAAAAUGGGAGGAAGAGGAACAAGAAUAUUUGAAUUUACGAGCAAGCAUUCUUCAGUUGAAAAAUACGCUUACGCGACAGCGUCGGAUUCGAAUUUUGAAUGAAAAGACCGCCAACUCCAUGAACGACCGUUAUGUGCGUGCAGAGGAGUUAGUAUCUGAAAUGAGGUCGGAUCUAAAGAGUUUGAAACGCAGGCUUAGAGAUGAACUUAGCGAGCUUGGAAUCACUGAUACGAUCGCGAAGCAAAUCAUGUUCCAGUUUUAUCAAGGGCACCACGAAGAAGACCAUGGUGACGCAUCGACCCCAAAGCGUCUUCGUCGAGCGAGUAGCAUGAUUGGAGAAAUGUUACCGGACAUUGAUAUGGGCAAUAACAGCGGCGAGGGUGAUACCCGCGAUUCAAUGGAUGAACAGGGUACGGAUGAUCUAUCUGGCGAUGAUCUUGAGACCCACAGGCCAACCAAGAAAAUUCGAUCAGGGGAAUAAGAUUUGCCGAUUCAAAUAACGGGAAAUGGGCACCAUGAAUCACUUUUUUGGAAUUUCAGCCAUGCCUUUGAUAUGACAGUUGAAGAUGUUUCUUUCUUUCUGAACUCUUCAAGUCGUUUUGCAGAUUGGAAUGGGACGUAAGAAGAUGUAAUGAUAGUUAGGAUUAGGAUAUAAAUGAUAUAUGAAUAUUGUAUGUCUUUCAAAGUCCGUCGAAGUCCAUAUCAAUCAUUGAUCCAAGAAUUGAAAUGCAGCAGUUAGCGCAUGACUUUGAUUCGAAAUAGUGGUCAGCUGAUACCAGUAGCACAGAAUUCUAAUUCGACGCAAACGUACAACAUAUGGAAUACCAAACGAAAGAACUUUGAAAUUAUGUGAACUAGAUGAGACACUAGGUAGCCGGGACCAUCACUUCUCGGGAGAAGGUGCUUCUAAGUUUCUGACACUUGGUCCAGUUCGUAUACCAUCGCAUCUUGAGUGACGCUCUUAAGUGGUUGUUUAGUACACAAAGGAGUAAAGUAGCUAUUUGUAG